AUGACUCUCGAACACCACCACAGCUGCGAGCCCGCCGCCAACGGGCUAAAUGGGAUGGCUACACGGUCAGACCAUGGCUCACAGCCUGCCGCCCUGUCGCCAAACCUAUCCGUCCUGCUCGUGCGCAAGCGUACCAUCCGAAUCGAGCCCAUGCCACAGCCCGUGCUCGAACGCGAUGGCGUGCUGGUCCGCGUCAUGGCCAACGGCAUAUGUGGCUCCGACAUGCACUCUUACAUGGCCGGUGGCGUGGCCGGACGACCGGUGCUCGAGCCGUUGGUCAUGGGCCACGAGGCCGCCGGUGUGGUCGAGGCUGUAGGUGCCGAUGUGACCACGCAUAAGCCGGGCGACCGGGUAGCCAUCGAACCUGGAAUGCCGUGCCGUCGUUGCGUCAACUGCAAGAACGGCCGCUCCAACAUCUGCCUCCACAUGCGCUACUGCAGCUCGCCCGGCACCCACGGCUCCCUGUCGUGCUACUUUGCUCUUGCAGCAGACCGGGCACCACACAUCCCCCCGACAGUGGGCUGGGAUGAGGCCGGCAGCAUCCAGCCUCUGGCCAUUGGCGUGCAAAUAGGCAAGCGGGCCGACAUCCGUCCUCAUCAGACCAUCGCCAUCUUCGGAUGCGGCCCCAUCGGCCUCAUAACUGCUGCCGUGGCCCACGCCUACUCGGCCAGGAAAAUCAUUGCCUUUGACGUGCGGCCAUCUCGUGUGGACUUUGCACGAAAGUACCUGUCACCACUGACAGGUCGUCCCAUCAUCGACCACGUCUUCCACAUCGACGCCAUCCCGGAUUUCUCGAGCAAAUCGUCGUCAUCUGGCAACAGUAACGGCAACGGGACAGCCGCAGCUUCCCAGGACGAAGAGGACGCAGAAGAGACAGUCGGUGACAAGAUGUGGUUAUGCGCGCAGGGCCGCAUGCGAGAGAUCAUCGCCCAGUGCGGUCUGAAGUCCGAGGAGGGUGUUGACCGAGUGGUUGAGGCCAGCGGAGCGCAAGACGCCAUUCUGCAUGGCGUGGCCAUCUGCAAGCAAGGCGGUGUCUUUCUCCAGGUUGGCCUCGGUCAUGUCCAGACACAUCUCGUACCCACUGUUGCUAUAACAAACAAGGAGCUCGACUUUCGAGGACUCACCCGGUACACUGCGUCCUGUUUUCCAUCUGCCAUAGACAUGUUGGAACGCGGUGUGGUUGACCUAAAGCCUCUCAUCACCGCGACCUUUCCGCUCUCACGCGCCCAAGAGGCCUUCGAAGCGGUGGCUGGCGGGAAAGAGAUCAAGGUUAUUAUCAGGAACGGGGAAUAA